AUGGCGGCGUCUGAUCAAGACGACGGUAUGGGUGCUGCCGGAGUGCACACACCCCCACGAAGGAGAUCUGUCGGUCCCGAGGUUGCUGCUCCGGCCUCUGGCGCUGACCCCGUGGGACAAUGGGCACCGAGUACGGGUUCGAAGCAUGCAGCAGCAUCAUCAGCAGCAAGCGAACAAGGACGGACGCCGACAACAUAUUCGUCUAUGAGAGAGGGGGGGCAAGGGGGGCGCGGCGGCGGCGGCAGGGGGGUGCGCAGACGGCGCCCCGGGGAAGGGAGGGGGAGGGGCGCGAGGAGAGGGACCAAGAAAGGGAGGGCCGCGUUCGCCCGCUCCCGAGACUUCGUGGUGAAGAUCAGGGGCAUGUCGCGGUGGAACUGGCGAGGGGUGAUGCGGGAGCUGGAGGAGGCGGAAACUGCAGAGGCCAAGUUUGGGGAGGCGGAGAAGGGAACGACGGGCGGCAGCGACGGCAGAGUCAGCAGCCACGCGUACAACAGCUGCCUCAUGCACCUGGCGAAGUGCUCCCGGUGGCGCGAGGCUCUGGCCGUCUUCGAGAGGAUGUGGGCCCGCGGCGUCACCCCGAACUCCUUCUGCCUAAACGCUACCCUGGAAGCCUGCACGGCCGCGGGGGAGUGGAAGCGGUGCCUCGGUCUCCUCGAGCGAGCCAAGGGCGCAGGGCUGGAGGUCAACGAGAUCAGCUACAACAUCUGCAUCGCCGCGUGCGGUUCCGGCAAGCAGUGGCAGAAGGCCCUGGGCCUGCUGCGAGAGCUAGACGCAGCGGGGAGAGCGGGAGCGGUGGUGCCCGGCGGGAGGGUUCCGCUACGGCCGACGGUCGGCACGUACGGGGCCACGAUGCGCGCCCUCGGGAUGUCGGGGAAGUGGCGGGAGAGCAUGGAAGUGUUUCGGGAGCUGCAGGGCCUGGCGGGUCAGGCCUCCGGCGAGGGAGAAUGUGGGUGCGUUAUCGCCGCCCCCGACGUCGUGACCUACACCACCCUCGUGGCCGCGCUGGGCGAGAACGGCCGCACGUCGGAGGCGAGGCAGGUCUGGCGGGAGAUGGAGGAGGCCGGCGUGGAGCCGAACGCCAUCACCUACCACGCCAUGAUCGCCGCGCACGGGAACGCGGCCGCCGCGAAGGUGGCGUCCUCCAGCGCCGCUGCUAGCGCCGCCGCUGCUAGCGCCUCUGCUAAUAGCGCCGCCGCCGCUAGCGCUUCCGCAUCUGCUAGCGCCGCCGGGAGGCAGCGGCCGGCGGCGGCGGCGGCGGCUGCCCCGCCUAGCCCCCGGACGGCAGACUGGGCCGAGGCCCUAGCUCUCUUCGACCAGAUGCCCCGGAAGGGCAUCCAGCACACGCCCACCAGCUACAGCACCGCCAUAACCGUGGCCGGGCAGUGCGGGCUCUGGGAAGAAGCGGUAGCUCUGCUUGACCGCAUCAGGCGGGAUCGGAGAGACGACGACGCCGAGCGCGGUACUCCGGGAGGAGCGGGGGCGGCGGGGGGGCCGAGGGGCCGGCGGGGGGCCGUAAACAACUACGUCUACGCGGCGACGAUUACCGCGUGCGGGAACAACGGGCAGUGGGAGCAGGCCUUGAGGCUGCUGCGGGAGAUGUCCGAGGCGGGCGUCGAGGCCGACGCGCUAACCUACAGCGCCGCCAUCUCCGUGCUCGCGAGGGAGGCCCGGCUCCCGGAGGCGUUCCGGCUGAUCAGAGAGAUGUCGGAGCGCGGCCUGGCGACGGUGAGCGGGUCGGCCUACGACAGCGUCGUCGGGGUGUACGGGAAGACCCCCGAGGCGGCCGCGGAGCUCGUGGCCCUGGUGAGGGCCAUGGACGUGCCCGACUUCUUCGCGUACAGCGCCGCGAUCGCCGUGUGCGCGGCCGUCGCGGGGGUUGUGCCGUCCACGCCCGCAGCGGCGGCGGCGGCGGCGGCGGCGACGGCUCAACCUUUGAAAGAAAACAACGCGACAAGCGUUGAUAGCAACGAGGCGCCGAGCUCGCUGUCGGCGGGGGAGGCGGCGGCGGAUCACCCUUCGACAAACAGCGCAAGACCCGUCGUCCCAAACGAUGGCAUCGAUGCGCCGCGCUUGCUCAGGGAGAUGUCGGCGUCGGGUCUCCGACCGGACGAGGCGUGCUUCACCAACGCCCUGUCGGCGUGCCGGGAUCGCAGGCAGGGGAAGCAAGCCCUUGCCAUCCUCAGAGACAUGGAGGCGGCCGGCGUGACUCCCGACGGGGUAGUAUACACCCUGGUUAUGGCGGCGUGCGGGGGCGCCGGGAGAUGGCGAGACGCGGUUUCCCUCGUGCGCGAGAUGACGGAGAAAGGGGUGCGGCCCAACUUGAUCAACUACUCUGUGGCCAUCUCCGCCUGCGCGAAGGCCGGCCGUCACGAGCCGGCGCUGGAGCUCCUGGCGGAGAUGAAGGACGCCGGGAUCAACCCAAACACCGUCACCUACUCCUCCGCCAUACUAGCGUGCUCGGCAUCCGGCCAAUGCGGUGAUGCGGUCGAUCUGCUUAGAGAUAUGUCGAAGAGGGGAAUGUCCCCCUCUCGGACAUGCUACGCCCCUGCGAUAACGGCGUGCGCGCGGGGUAGCGAGCCGGAUAUAGCGCUCUCGCUUCUGAGGGAGAUGCCCACGGAGGGGUUAGUCCCAGACGCGGUGUGUUACGCCGCGGCACUGUCAGCGCUGCGAAACGACUGCGACAACUCCGUGGCGGUUUUGAGGGAGAUGAGGGAUGGGGGUCUCGCGCCCGCGCCCGGCCUGUACGUCGAGGCGGUUAGGGCUUGCAGAAGAGUGACCAAGGAGGAAGAGAUUGAUAUGUUGAGUCGAACGAUCACCUGCGGCGACAAGGCGAUGCUGCACCCUGGGACACCCGAUGGUCGUCGCCACCACCCUGCCAUGAAGGAAGAUGCAAGGGUGAUCGUUUUGCCCUCCUAG